CCGAGCGGUGCGGGGUGGAGCCGAUUGCGCGCUUUCCAAGGCAGGCGUGGCCCAGGCAGCGGCGUCUCACUCGUUUAGGGGUGCAGAGCGGGUGGGCGAUGCAGACCAGCUCCAAGCAGGCGGUGCAGGCGGCGGCGCAAGAGCUACUGAAGUUUGUGAACCGCAGCCCGUCUCCUUACCAUGUGGUUGCUGAAUGUCGGAACCGCCUACUUCAGGCAGGUUUCCAGGAACUGAAAGAAACUGAACACUGGGAUAUCCAGCCUGACAGAAAGUAUUUUGUGACCCGAAACUUCUCAACGUUGGUUGCCUUUGCUGUGGGGGGACAAUUCCAGCCAGGUAAUGGGUUCACCUUGAUUGGAGCUCACACUGACAGUCCCUGUCUGCGGGUGAAACGGUCUUCAACAUGUAACCAGGAAGGUACAGUCCAGGUGGCUGUGGAAACAUAUGGAGGUGGCAUUUGGAACACCUGGUUUGACCGUGACCUCUCUGUUGCUGGAAGAGUAAUUUUCAAGGAGCUGUCUACGGGGCGGCUGGAGCAACAGCUAGUGCGGGUGGAACGGCCCAUUCUCCGCAUCCCACAUUUGGCCAUUCACCUCCAGCGCAAUGUGAAUGAGAGCUUUGGACCAAAUACUGAGCAGCACCUGGUCCCAAUUCUGGCCACAAAAGCCCAGGAGAUGCUGGAGAAGGGAGGUCCCAUCCUAGAAGCCAGUUGCAUCUCAUCUUUCCAGAAUCACCAUGCGCCAGCUCUGCUCUCCGUUCUCUGCUCUCAGCUGGAAGUGAAACCUGAGCAACUGGUGGAGAUGGAACUGUGUCUGGUAGAUACCCAGCCCCCAACACUAGGUGGUGCCUUCAAUGAAUUCAUAUUCUCCCCUCGCCUGGAUAACCUCCACAGCUGCUACUGUGCCCUGCAGGCUUUGAUUGAAUCUGCUGAUGGGCCUGGAGCUCUUACCCAAGAGCCAAAUGUGCGCCUGGUUGCCCUGUACGACAAUGAAGAGGUUGGUUCGGAAAGUGCUCAAGGGGCUGCAUCGCUCCUCACGGAGCUUAUUCUUCGUCGCAUCUCCGCUUCGCCCCAAAACCUUACAGCAUUUGAGGAAGCAAUGCCCAAAUCUUGCAUGAUCAGUGCAGAUAUGGCUCAUGCAGUGCACCCCAAUUAUGCGGACAAGCAUGAUAAGAACCACCGGCCACAGUUUCACAUGAUUCAGAAGAGGGGCGGGCUCAAGGGAGAUACUCCAUAUGGCGUAUGACUGGUGGAAAAGCACUUUCUGGAGAUUACGCUGUUGCUUUGGUGGCCUAGAUAUGGGAGAGUAUGCUAAAGGUAAUUAUUUUGAUUAUUCGAAGCUAUAUCGUACUUCCUGUUGAGCACAAAGGGGAUAGAACAAUUGUGCUCAGCCUAGAUGAAGAGAUGGGGGAGAGUUUGAGAAAAGCCCACACGUUCUAGGAAGGAAGCUCGCUUUUUAUAGAUUUUGUAUCUUACAUCAGUAAACUAUUUACAUGAACAGAUGUAUCAUUUUAAGACUUGGGAGUCUGGUGGGAAGCAUAAGUCCAGCCCUUCCUGUUAGGGUGGAACAAUUGCACAUCCCAAGAAAUUCCAGGCACAAAAAUUAAUUGGUGAAAGGUAGCAGAAAUAGCAUGAGGCUUCGCCCUUCCAGUGGCUUCUUUUUUGUCUUUGUGGGUUUAUUCCUUACCUCCAAGAACAAGGCUUGCUUUCUGUGAUGGAUGGGACAAAAUCCUCUGGUUUUCAGAGUGCGGGAUCUUCUCUUCAGUCUGGUG